AUGGAAUAUCUGAUCCGCUUCGCUCAAGCCCACGAGACUUUUCGACGGCCGGAGAUUAAUGCCCUGGCGUCUCUGGCUGGCAUUGACUUGGAGAUCGUCUUUUAUGAUCAAUUUUCACCAUAUUGCAUCGUCAAGCUCCCCGAUGAAAAAGCUGCGCGAACCCUCAUCUCGCGCAGCAUUCUAGCCAAGGACAUUUUCGAGCUCUGGGGCCACGGCGCCAAUUACGAUGAAGUGCACGCCGACGUCCGCAGGCGGACGGAGCACCGCUGGUGCGAGUUCAAGGAGGCCUCGUUCCGGUUCAGCUUAGAGUCCUUCAGCGGCAAACGCAGCAUGGAGCAGAGGCGCGAGAUCAUCCAGUCCUUCUCCUACAUGGCCUUUACGGGUCCCAUCCGCAUGAAGAAUCCGGACGAGGACUUCUGGGUCCACGAGGACUAUCUCUCGCAGGUGGAAUCCGCAGUGAAGUACCCCGAUGCGCCGCGCCCGCAGAAGCUGAAUCUGGAGCCGAAGCAUAUCUACUUUGGUCGGUGGAUCGCAAACAGCCAUCGGGACAUCGUGAACAAGUAUGAUUUGAAAAAGCGUCGGUAUAUCAGUACGACGUCUAUGGAUGCCGAGCUGAGUCUCGUCACGGCCAAUAUGGCGCAUGCGGAUCCCGCAAGGCUCUUCUACGACCCGUUCGUUGGCACGGGGAGCUUUUGUGUAGCGGCGGCGCACUUUGGGGCCUUGACUUUCGGUUCGGAUAUUGAUGGGCGCAGCUUUCGCGGUCGAGAGAGGAAGGCGGGAGACCCGAUUGGGCUGGCAUCGAACUUUAAGCAGUAUGGAACGACGAGCAAGUUCGUGGAUGCGUUCACAUCGGAUUUGACGAAUACGCCCCUGCUCAACCGCCAGUUCUUGGACGGCAUUAUCUGUGACCCGCCUUACGGGGUGCGUGAGGGUCUUCGGGUUCUCGGAACUCGUGAUGGCCGUGGUAAGGAAGAGGUGGUCAUCGACGGCGUACCGGCUCACUACCGGCCGGGCUACGUCGCUCCAAAGAAGCCGUACGGUUUCGAGGCAAUGCUGCACGAUAUCCUGGAGUUCGCUUCGCAGACCCUCGUCACGGACGGGCGACUAUGCAUGUGGAUGCCGACAUCCGGCGAUGAAGAUGUGAAGUUGAUGAUUCCUAUGCACCAGAACUUGGAGGUUGUCAGCGUUUCAGUGCAACCCUUCAACAACUGGGCACGUCGACUUAUCACCUACCGAAGGCUCCCAGAAGGCCAGGUCUCGGACGUGACGCUUGGACGACAAAAGGGCGAUGACCAGGGAGUCAGUGCCGACGACCUGAACGCCUUUAGGAGAAAGUAUUUCUCAAGGAACCACAAGUCGGGAACCGAAAGUCCCGCAUCGCAAUGA